AUGGCACCUCACAACGACAAUGAAGACGACGAUCAACCCGUUUCAUUCCAAGAACUAAAGAAACGGUGGGCUCAACACGAAGCCAACUCUUCCUCUCCUCAGCAACAGCAGCACCACCAACAGCAACAGCAACCACAGCAACCACAACAGCAGCAGGAACCAUCACCCCCGCCUGUCAUACCCGAUACUUCUUCACCAACACCAACACCAACACCACCACCACCCCAAUCGAAUGCUGUUAAUUCAAAGCCUAUACCUCCACGAUCCCCUAUUCAACGAGUUGCCAAUGUCUCGGGAACAAUGCAUAAAGCGUCAUCGGCACCACCCAUUCCACCCAAACCAGCAGCUGCAACCAUUCGAAUGCCAACACCCAUGAAAGCACCUACUGAUCCCUCGGUGGUUGUCGACAUGAGCAUUAAUAAGCAGCAGCAACAGCAGCAACAAAAAGAACCCAAGUCUUCAGUAUCAGUAUUAGCAAAGCAACUUGAAGGACAGCAUAUCACCAAGUCGCCAUCAUUAUCAUCAUCGUCAUCAGCAGCAGUGGCAGAUAUUUCCGAAUCACCAUCACCUCUUCAACAAGAUCCUUUUUGUGAUGAAGAAGAAGCUUCAGAUGAUGAUGACUCGAGUAGUUGUACCAGCACAGCGACAAGUAAUAGUGAAGAUAGCGAAGUGGAUGAUGAACUUGUACGCAAAGUCCAGAUGCGAUAUAGUGGUGUAUCACCAGCCAUAAGAACACCACCACCACCUCCAAAGGAUGCUAUUACGACGACUACAGCCAAGAAAAGUGGGAGCAGUAAUACUCCACCUCCACCUCCACCACCCAGCAAAAAGUAUCAUAGCGUUGCUCGUUCCAUUGAUAUACCAAAGACAACAUCUCCAGUGGAUGCAUCUCCUCCAUCAUUACCACCUCGACCAUGCGCUUUAGGAAAGAGUUACAGUGAAAUGGAUCAACAACAUAGCAACACAAUGCCAGUAUUACCACCACGACCUUCUCCUUCAGUCAUUGCACGUUCACAUACAACAAGCAAUCAUCGAUCCACUACGACGAGUACUGCUUCGACACCUCAAAGAUCAGCGAGUGCACGUAAAGCAUUCAAGAAUUUCUCCCAUGCCACAGGUGUUUAUCCUGAUUUGAGUGAAGCAUCACGCAAGAAGCCUUUUAUCAAUGGACGUGAUCGACGUAUUCCAACGGGUCAUCGGGGAACCAUACGUGCUAUUGCUAUACAAGGUGCAUGUUUGGCUACAGGGGCUCAUGAAACACGUAUCUGGAAUACGGACACCAGCCAAUGUUUAUAUUCAAUCGAUGCCAAUCCUGGUGAAACCAAUGACAAGGUGAGCGCGUUGGCAUUUGCACCACCACGCCAUCCACGUGAUGAAGGUACGCGAUUAUGGAUUGGACAUCGAGAUGGUGAAUUACUCGUCGUGGAUACGCUUUCUGGGCGCACGAUUGAAAAGAUGCAGCAACAACAGCAAGCCAUUACAGCCAUGCUUCGCUAUCGCAACACCGAAUUGUGGACCAUCGAUGAAAGUGGAUUAUUGUGUAUAUGGGACGCAUAUGAUAUGCAUAUCAAGGAACAGCGUAUGGUGAUGCCGCGAUCCGUUACGGCGUUGCUGCGUGAUCGUGAUUUAUGGAUGGCUUCAGGUCGUACGUUACAAAUGUUUCCUGAACAUGGCAGCAGCACGCAUCGUGGCGAUCAGGAGGAGGAGAAACGCAUUCGUAUUCCCAAUGAUCUCGGCAAUAUUACGCAAAUGGCUACCAUGUCCCAUCAUCCUGGAAAGGUGUUUGUUGCUCAUGACAAUGGCAAAGUCAGUAUAUGGGAUGCUUUUACACUCGAAAAGCGCGAGACAAUGAUGGUUUCCAUGUAUGGUAUCACUGCCAUGGUCGCUGUGGGCGAGUACUAUCUGUGGAUGGGCUACAACACAGGCAUGAUUUAUGUUUACGACACACGUCCGGAACGUUGGGUGGUGAUCAAGGCAUGGAGAGCACAUCACAGCGCUAUUGUCAGUCUUCAAGUCGAGGAUAUUGGUAUUGCCCUUGGCGAUGAAACUGUGCAGGUGGUCAGUGCCGAUUCACAUGGCUAUGUGGCGUUAUGGGAUGGUCUUUUGCCCGAACAUUGGAAAGAUCACCAAAUGGCCCAAUACAAGCAUGAUUAUUGCACAGAGCGGGAUAUGAAUCUAUUGAUUUGUUCUUGGAAUAUUGAUGCCAACAAACCAGAGAAGCUCUCUGUCAGCGAUGAUCAAAGGAUACGAGAAUGGCUUGCAAGUAUGGAGGAUCCAGAUAUCAUUGUCGUGGGUAUUCAAGAGAUUGUGGAUCUCGAGUCAAAGAAACAAACAGCACGGUCCUUGUUUGCGUCACGUAAAAAGGUGGAUACCUUGCAGGAGGCCAAUGAGCUGCUCACACAUCGAUACAGCCUAUGGCACGACUACCUUGUGCAAUUGAUCUAUGAAACGCAUCCAUACAGUGAAUACACGGUGAUCAAGACCGACCAGCUUGUGGGCCUCUUUAGUUGCAUCUUUGUCAAAACCAGCGAGUUGCGGCAUGUCUCUUUGGUGGAAUCCACUGUGGUCAAAACGGGUCUCAAGGUUAUGCACAAGAGUUUGCAUGGCAACAAGGGUGGUAUCGCUAUUCGUUUUCGUGUUCAAGAUUCGACGUUGUGCUUUGUCAAUUGUCACUUGGCUGCAGGUCAAUCACAUACACAGCAGCGCAAUUCAGAUGCAGAAGGCAUAUUGCAAACAGCUGAAUUCCAUGCAUUUGAAAACAAUGACGCAGGUAUCUUUGCCAAUGGUGGUGAUGGUAGUAUGAUCUUGGACCAUGAACAUUGCUUCUUAUCGGGUGAUCUCAAUUAUCGCAUCAACAUGAGCCGUGAGCGCGUUUUACAACUCCUGGCUGGUUAUGAUCCCGAGCAAAGCUUUGAUGCACUUCAACGUGAAGACCAACUCCUCAAGCAACGCAUGACCAACCCACUCUUCAAGUUACUUUUGUUCAGCGAACCACGCAUUGAUUUCUUGCCGACUUACAAGUAUGAUCCUGGCACGGAUUAUUAUGAUCGAUCUGAAAAGAAACGUGUACCUGCAUGGUGUGAUCGUAUCUUGUACCGAUCUCGUGACGCACACAAUUUGUUUUAUCAGCGACAUGAAGUUCUGGCAUCCGAUCAUAGGCCUAUUAGUAGUGGAUUUGUUAUUCGCAUCAAGCAAGUCGAUCGAUCCAAACAACGUCAAGUGGCUUUUCAUGUCGAUGAAGCUUGGCAUCACCACUAUAGCCGACUGGUUCAAGCCGCCAAGAUUGCUUAUAUUGUGGACUUUGGAUUUAUGGAUCAUGAUACAGCUUCAAAGCAACUAGAGGCAGCUCAAUGGGAUGUUGCUCGUGUCAUGGAUCAAGCAGCCAUGUAA